CGGCCAUCUUUUGUUAAUGAAGUCGGCCGUUUGACAGAUUGGACAGACUAAUAUUUUUAUUCUCAGAAAGAAUGGAGAGCCAUGAUAGCAAUGAGUGUGAGGUGUGCAACAAGAGGUUUACUCUGAAGUCCAACCUUACACGCCACAUGAAGCUUCACGACCCUAAACAGCAUGCCUGUGACGUGUGUGGGAAGAGCUUCUGGACCAAGCCCCAGCUUGACCUACAUCUGAAGCAGCACCAGUACCCCCGCAUCCCCAUGUACAGGCAGGGAGAGGCCCGGAUGAUGUGUACGGUAGCUGCCAAGGCUGAGGCAGGCAACCCUAACAAGGAGGUGGACCCGACCUGGCUGGACCCUGUGAAGGCGGAGGCCGCUGCCAAAAAGGCCGGAGGGGAGAUGUGGAGAGGCCAGCUCGUCAUGACCUUUGGCAUGUACGCCGGGCAGACAUUUAGGUGGCUGCUAGAGAAUGAUGCUGGUUGGGCGGCGUGGAUUCUGUCCGAGUUCAUUCACCAGGGCGAGCUGAAUGAGCUGAUGAAGUGGCAGAAGGAGCGCCUGCAGGAGUACGUCAACAUGUUCCCCUCUGUAACGUGUCUCGUUGACAGGAAGCUGAAGGUAAGUUAUCUAGGUUAAAAUUUGUGAUGAAGGCCAUGAUUCCCUGCCCCAACACCAACUGCCCUGCGCCGCCUGGGGAAUACCUGGAGAGGAAGGGCUUCGGCAGCUACGCCAGGCAGGUGUGUGGCAUGUCAUCCUACUACACCCUCCUGACGGAGAAGCUGAAGUGCUCCUACUGCGAGAAGGUGAGGCAUGUGUCGGUGGCACGCGACAGUGAGGAGGAGGAGGAGGAAGAUCACCAUCAGCAGCAGUACAUUUGGCUGGCCUACAGUCCAAAAGUUCUGAUGAGCCUCGUCCCUGCUGUUAGACGGAUGUUCCCCGCCAUUCUGUGUGGGAAGCGCGCCAUCGACAGAGGAGUGGUGACUCUGCUGAGCGACCGCCUCAACGCCAUGUCGAUGAGCAAGGUGCAGCGGCUUCUGAAACAGGGCCACGACGAGUGGUACAUCGAGCGGCGUGACCUGUACCAGACUCUGCUGUACGACGCCCACACAGCUGGCUCUUCGUCGACGGCAGCCUCAUCCUCCUCGCAGAAGGGCAUCCUCGCCUUCGCCAAACCUGCAGGGACGUACACACCUCCCAUUCCCCAGUCUCCUCUUCCAUCUGCCCGGGUGCUGAGGCGAGCACACCUCAUCAUGGAGAUGGAGAAGAUGCCAGUGUACCGCAGCGAGAUCCUCAGCAUGACUGGAGAAAUCCUCUGCAUAGAUGGCACAAGAAAGGUCCUGAAGAAGAUCUACGGGGACGGCCAGGGCACGAUGCAGUACCUCACCAGCGUGCUGAAUGAGUGGGGUCAGUUCUUGAGGACGGUGGUGGUGGCAGCUGAGUCCGAGGGCUGCUAUGCACGCAUGGCCAGGGGUCUUGUGGCUCGGUUCGAGCGUGCGAACGCUCCAGCCCCGAGAGUGAUUUAUGCCGACAACAACUGCUGCCGUGACAGUGGCUCAUCGUUCCUUGAGACCCUCUUCAGUGACUGGGUGCAGAGGGGUGCUGUGGUCCGUCUGGACAUCCGCCACUGGCUGCACCGCUGGGAUGCUGUGGUCAUCAAACAGAGCCACGCCAAGUACGGGGUAUUCAUGAGUGCCAUGGCAGGGGCGGUGUUGGCCUACAAUAAGGGGGACAUGAUGCUCUUGGUCCAGGCAGUGCGGAAGGGCAAUGAGGAACUGUACGGCAACCACACUGACCAACAGAUGCUCGCCUUCCUCAAGCCGUCCCAGAUCAAGAGCUAUGUCAGGCGCAUAACGAGGGGUGUUGAGGAGACCGCUGCGACUGUGGACUCCAUCCUUGAUGAGUUCAAGGGACCAGCAGGCCUUGACAUCGACGGGAUCCCCUUGUUCAAAUCCUCAGACGCCGUUGAUGCACAUUGGGCAACGGCAAGCAAGCACCUCGGAUGCAUGCAGGACCCCCCUGGUGUUCCGCUGUACGUGGCAGUGAGGACAGUGGUGCUGAACGGUGUGCAGCUGCAGAGGUGUACCUGAUCGCCUUCGCCGUACAGUGGAACGCCAGGAUGGAGUCCCUUCGCGUCGACGGAGGUCGUGGUCGCCAGACGAGCUGCGUGGACGCUGCGAGGAUUCAGCGAAUGAAUCGGCAGGCGGAGCUGCUCUUUGGCAAGGAGCACGUCUUUGAACCUAACUUCGCUGCUCCUCUGCCAUACCCUGACGACUACAACCAUCCAGACGAGGAGGAGCUGCUUGGCGUGGAGUAUGGCAUGUGCCAGUCCACUGCAUUCACUGCAAGGCACUACUACGCGCAGAAAGCUGAGGAGGAGCAGUGUAGGGAGGAGGAGGAGGAG